AUUAUUAUCAAGUCACGCUUCACGUUAAAAAUCAGUAGGUAUGACAGCACAUUAGAACGACCACUCACCAAGGUGGUCCUUUACGCAAACGACAGGAUUUAAGCUUCCUCUCGCGACUUAUCUGGUGCUGCCGGAAACGGAACUACCCGGAUUGUUAAGGGAAGCGUGCCUCUGCGGACUGCGGCGCCUUGAUGAGGAAAGGUUAGGGCGGAUCGUUAGUCUCUUGCCGGAAAUCGUUCUGCCCGGUGAGGUUUCUGAGAGAGACCCGAGCUGGCGGAGAAGAGGCGUGACCAAGAGUCGUGGAGUGAAGUAGUUCCUUGAGGUACUUCUAUGAGGCUGAACAGCUACUGCUGUAAGGAGGACUCGCCCGCAUUGACGGUCUCGUAACGAACACCUUUUGCCUCCACCUGCCCCCGGGAUUAAAGGGGAAGCCGAGACCUGAAUGGGCUCGGCCAUCUCCAGUAGCUCGCGUGACAACCGCGGUCGUGGCAGGUAAAAAAAAAAAAAAAUUGCUGUAUCAACUCUGGGAAACAGUAGCCUUACUGUCUGUUUUUUAAACUGCAGCAAGAACUUAAAUAUCAACAAUGAAGCAAUGAUAUCUGAGAACAAAAGAACAUUUUCCAACUAACUGUCAUCAGAAUUUCAAGUGAUUGUAUAAGCACAGACAAGCUGCAACAGAGCUAUGUCUCAGCCAGCUGCAGAGAGAAUGCUUUCUUCUGACGCCGUUUACUUACGAGUUUUAGUAUAGAUCAUUUACGUUAUAUAUAUGUCAAAUGAAAUCAAAAUGAGUGAAGCCCCCAGAUUCUUUGUUGGGCCUGAAGAUACUGAAGUAAAUCCUGGAACUUACCGACACUUCUUCCACCAUGCAGAUGAAGAUGAUGAUGACGAAGAUGAGUCUCCACCGGAAAGGCAGAUUGUGGUUGGAAUAUGUUCCAUGGCAAAGAAAUCCAAAUCUAAACCAAUGAAAGAAAUUCUUGAACGGAUCUCCUUAUUUAAAUAUAUCACAGUAGUAGUAUUUGAAGAGGAUGUUAUUUUGAAUGAACCAGUGGAAAAUUGGCCUUUAUGUGAUUGUCUUAUUUCAUUCCAUUCUAAAGGGUUUCCACUGGACAAAGCAGUUGCCUAUGCAAAACUCAGGAAUCCAUUUGUAAUCAAUGACUUGAAUAUGCAGUAUCUCAUACAAGAUAGGAGAGAAGUGUAUAGUAUUCUUCAAGCUGAAGGUAUUUUACUUCCUCGUUACGCAAUUUUGAACCGUGACCCAAAUAAUCCCAAAGAAUGCAGUCUGAUUGAAGGGGAAGAUCAUGUUGAAGUAAAUGGAGAAGUUUUCCAAAAGCCGUUUGUAGAAAAGCCAGUAAGUGCAGAAGAUCACAAUGUUUACAUUUAUUAUCCAACUUCUGCAGGUGGUGGAAGUCAAAGACUCUUUCGAAAGAUUGGCAGUAGAAGUAGUGUUUAUUCCCCAGAAAGCAAUGUACGAAAAACAGGCUCAUAUAUCUAUGAAGAGUUUAUGCCCACAGAUGGUACCGAUGUUAAGGUUUAUACGGUGGGUCCUGAUUAUGCCCAUGCGGAAGCUCGAAAAUCUCCAGCACUUGAUGGCAAGGUGGAACGAGAUAGUGAAGGAAAAGAAGUAAGAUACCCUGUUAUUCUCAAUGCACGAGAAAAAUUAAUUGCUUGGAAAGUCUGCCUUGCUUUUAAGCAAACAGUUUGUGGCUUUGAUUUGUUACGGGCCAAUGGACAGUCUUAUGUCUGUGAUGUUAAUGGCUUCAGUUUCGUGAAAAAUUCCAUGAAGUAUUAUGAUGAUUGCGCAAAAAUACUUGGCAAUAUUGUAAUGCGAGAGCUUGCCCCACAAUUUCAUAUCCCCUGGUCAAUACCCUUAGAAGCUGAAGAUAUCCCAAUUGUACCAACUACAUCUGGAACUAUGAUGGAACUUAGAUGUGUUAUAGCUGUCAUACGUCAUGGGGAUCGAACACCAAAACAGAAAAUGAAAAUGGAAGUGAGGCAUCAAAAAUUUUUUGAUCUUUUUGAAAAGUGUGAUGGAUAUAAAUCUGGGAAAUUAAAACUCAAAAAGCCAAAACAAUUACAAGAAGUGCUAGAUAUUGCACGACAACUUCUUAUGGAGCUUGGGCAAAAUAAUGAUUCUGAAAUUGAAGAAAACAAGUCAAAACUUGAGCAACUUAAGACUGUAUUAGAGAUGUAUGGCCAUUUCUCUGGAAUAAAUCGUAAGGUCCAAUUGACCUAUCUUCCUCAUGGGUGUCCUAAAACAUCUAGUGAAGAAGAAGACAGCCGAAGAGAAGAGCCAUCCUUACUUUUGGUUCUAAAAUGGGGAGGAGAACUAACCCCUGCAGGCAGGGUUCAGGCCGAAGAACUUGGAAGAGCUUUCAGGUGCAUGUAUCCUGGAGGUCAAGAUUAUGCAGGAUUCCCUGGUUGUGGUUUACUUAGAUUACAUAGUACCUACCGACAUGACCUUAAAAUAUAUGCAUCUGAUGAGGGACGAGUCCAGAUGACUGCAGCUGCUUUUGCAAAGGGGCUAUUAGCUUUAGAAGGAGAGCUUACACCUAUUCUGGUUCAGAUGGUAAAAAGUGCAAAUAUGAAUGGUCUCUUGGAUAGUGAUAGUGACUCUUUGAGCAGUUGUCAGCAACGUGUGAAAGCAAGACUUCAUGAAAUACUGCAGAAAGACAGAGAUUUUACUGCUGAAGAUUAUGAAAAGCUUACUCCAUCUGGAAGCAUUUCUCUUAUCAAAUCAAUGCAUUUAAUUAAAAAUCCUGUGAAGACCUGUGACAAAGUUUAUUCCUUGAUUCAAAGUUUGACUUCUCAAAUCAGACAUCGAAUGGAAGAUCCGAAGUCUUCAGAUAUUCAGCUUUACCAUAGUGAGACAUUAGAGCUUAUGCUACGCCGAUGGUCCAAGUUGGAAAAAGACUUUAAAACAAAGAAUGGAAGAUAUGACAUUAGUAAAAUCCCUGACAUAUAUGACUGUAUAAAAUAUGAUGUCCAGCAUAAUGGUUCCUUGAAAUUAGAAAACACAAUGGAAUUAUAUAGACUUUCAAAGGCAUUAGCAGAUAUUGUUAUCCCUCAGGAAUAUGGCAUAACUAAAGCUGAAAAACUGGAGAUUGCCAAAGGCUAUUGUACUCCUCUAGUUAGAAAAAUUCGUUCUGACCUUCAGAGGACACAAGAUGAUGACACUGUAAAUAAACUCCAUCCCGUGUAUUCCAGAGGUGUUCUGUCCCCUGAUCGUCAUGUUCGUACUAGAUUAUAUUUCACCAGUGAAAGUCAUGUUCACUCUUUACUCUCUAUUCUUCGCUAUGGUGCCUUAUGCAAUGAAUCAAAGGAUGAACAGUGGAAACGAGCUAUGGAUUAUUUAAAUGUUGUCAAUGAACUCAACUACAUGACUCAGAUUGUUAUCAUGCUUUAUGAGGAUCCUAACAAGGAUCUUUCCUCAGAGGAACGCUUUCAUGUUGAAUUACAUUUUAGUCCAGGAGCCAAAGGAUGUGAAGAAGAUAAAAAUUUGCCAUCUGGCUAUGGAUAUAGGCCAGCUUCCAGAGAGAAUGAAGGCAAGAGAUGUUCUCUUAAAAUUGAUAGUGAUGAUGAACCACAUACUUCUAAAAAAGAUGAGGUUGACCGAGCUGUGAUAUUAUUCAAACCUAUGGUAUCGGAGCCAAUUCAUAUACAUAGAAAAUCUCCACUUCCAAGAUCUAAGAAGAUGGCUGCAAAUGAAGUAAAUUAUUCAAGUAAAACCUUGAAGACUUUUUCCAGCGCCCACCAUCUCCAUGGAUAUCAGACGUUUGUACUUCCAAAAGACACACAGAGAAAAAGACUAUUCUCUUCAUUUUGUGCAAAGAGCCCCCUGAGUGUGUCUAGCCCAGAGGGUACUGGUACCUGGCUGCAUUAUACCAGUGGUGUGGGUACUGGGCGUCGAAGACGCAGAUCAGGGGAACAAAUCACUUCUUCCCCUGUCUCCCCCAAAUCAUUGGCUUUCACAUCCAGUAUUUUUGGCUCAUGGCAACAGGUUGUAUCUGAAAAUGCAAAUUACCUGCGCACACCAAGAAAUCUAGUGGAACAGAAGCAGAAUCCUGUAGGGUCUCACUGUGCGGGCCUGUUUAGCACCUCGGUGCUCGGGGGUUCUUCAAGCGCACCUAACCUACAGGAUUAUGCUCGUACUCAUCGUAAAAAGCUGACCUCUUCUGGCUGCAUAGAUGACGCCACACGGGGUUCUGCUGUUAAAAGGUUUUCUAUCUCAUUUGCUCGACACCCAACCAAUGGCUUUGAAUUAUAUUCCAUGGUGCCAUCUAUUUGUCCUCUAGAAACUCUUCACAAUGCCCUGUCUUUAAAGCAGGUGGAUGAAUUUCUUGCUUCCAUUGCUUCUCCAUCAAGUGAAGUUCCACGGAAGACCCCUGAAAUUUCCUCGACAGCUUCACGUUCCAGUCCAGUAGUAAGAAGAAAAAUAUCUCUAAAUACAUACACACCUGCAAAGAUCCUCCCAACACCAUCAGCUACCUUAAAGAAUACUAAAACAAGCAGCAAACCAGCUACCAGUGGACCUUCUAGUGCAGUUGCUACUAGUACCUCAUCUCGGAAAAAAAGUAUAUCUAGCAAAACAGAAGUGCAUGAACACAAAAAAAACACUGGGAAGAAAAAAUAAAAUCUUCUUAGUAGAAGCUAGAACUUCUUAUACCAAUGAAAAUCACAUGUUAAAUAGAAAAAGAUAAGUAAUAAGCCUUGACUGAAAACUGUUAAAGCAAGUAAUUUUUGUUCUCUUUACACAUGUCUGUAUUCAUUGUAAAAAUGUUUUUAAAUCUAGAGGAUUCAUUGUAUAUAUUCAGGUAAGGAACUUAUGUCUAGAAACGUUUAAAACAAUGUUUAUUAGCAUUUUGUGUAGCAAAACUUUGGUGAUAAAGCGCUACUGUUCUUAAUAUCAUGUUUACCAUGGACCUGUGAUAAGGAAAAGAAACAAAUGCCUGCUGGCCUGUACCAGUGUCACACCAGUGAUAUUACUUACUAACGGGUCUGAUGUGGUGGCCUUUGCAGACAGCUCUGUUUUCUCUGGAUUGCAUCUUGGCUGUAAAAACCUUUGACGUAAAUUGAAAUUUGCCAGAAUUUCAUAUUAGGGAUUUUUUUUAUUUUAAGUACAUUUCCAAAGAGAUUUCAUUGACCGUUUAGAAGCUUUUUCCCAAUUGUUAAAGUAACAUAUAUGCUGCAAUAUUUAAUAACUGGAGUACUGAUGUAUGGGAUUUUUUUUCAAUCUAUGCUUGAAUUUUUUUAUUGUGUAUUAUUUAAAAUAUUACAUUUACAUUUGGGAUAAUUACACCUUUAUGCACAUCAAUUUAUAUAUUAAUUCGUAGGAAGUAUUUUCUUUAUAUAUUUCCUUACCAUAAGAGGUGCUUUCAUUCAUCAGGAAAAGUUUGCUUCACAUAUUGGCAAGAGUAGCACCUUUUGAGCUUUUUUUUUUUUAAGAGAUGUAGUUGACAAAAUUUAUAAAUGUUACACUUUAGAGUCCUUUAUAGCUCUAAGGAACUGAGUUCAAAAAUGGAAAUCAUCAAUGUUAGAAGAAUAUCUGAAUUCUGUAAAGUUAGUGGGUAUUGUGUAUAUCAUCUGUUUUUUACACAUUUCCGUUCUUAUGUCUAAUGUAUCAGUCUCACUGAGAAUCUGACGCUUUAAGAUUGAGCAUUUGAAAUGAAUGUUCUUUACAACUGAUUAGAUUUUUGAAGGGAUAUUGAGAUCAGUAUGUUGUGAUUUCAUCUAUAAUGUGAAAAAAAAAUUUAUUAUCCUUGGUGCUUUUUUCUUCUGAUGCACAAAUAAUUAUGAACUACUUGAGAUGACUUAAAUUAUAAACCAAACAGUUCAACCUGAUAAGAAUUCCAUGCAUUAGAAUGUUAAAUUGCUAAGGUUUUAGCUUCAAGCUUAUAUUUAGAAAAAGAAAUGUUUUGAAUUCUUAGUAUGAAUACAAUUGUAAUUCUUCAGAAGAGACUCUACUAACCUUAAAUCGUCACAUCUGAACUGACUUUUAGAAAAUAAUCACAUUACGUGUUAUUUUAUGUACCAGAUUUAAGUCACAAGUGUACAUAAUUAUAUAUGUUCUUAUACUUCAUCAUACUUCAAAUGAAUGUAAAUGUAUUAUAUGGAGACAUGUCUUGUAAAAAAUUGAAUGUACCAAAGUUUUCUGUAUGUAAAAAUGUGGUAAAUGUGUUUAUCGUGGGGAUGAGGAAACUACUUUUAUUUUUUAAGUGGAGCUGAAUUAAAAUAUCAGUUUGUUUCUGUAUCAGAGUGACUUAAAUCAUGAAUUAUUAUUUCUGUUCUUUGAUUACCUCUUUCCUUUCAGCUCUUUAGUAGAAAGAAUGAGGAAAAUAAUUUUAAUAUUAAACAAUACUUACCUUAGGCAUUAAAUCACAUUUAUUAUUGGCCAUACACAUAGCAUCAUAUUACUUUGCACAGCAAUUAGCUACAGGCUACUAGAAAGUUUAAUAUACUCACUUUUUCCAUUGUUACCAAGACUAUGACCUCACAACACUCACUAAGCUCCAUAGCAUUGUGUUGAAGACUAAAAAGUCUUAUUUGCAAGAAUCUUAGAAUUAUUUUCAAAAACAAAGUCUUCACCAGUACUACUCAAACUAUUUCAGUGCAUAGAGAAGGAAGAAAUACUCCUAAAUUCAUUCUAUAAAGCUACCAUAACCUGAAACCAAAGCCAGGCAAAGACAUCAUGAUAAAAAUUACAGACCAAUAUCUCUCAUGAAUAUAGAUGCAAAAAUGCUCAACAAAAUUCUCGCCAACAGAGUUCAGCAUCAUAUCAAAAAAAUAAUGUACCACAACCAAGUGAG